AGGAAAAAAAAGAAGGAAAUAUCAAAUUCCGACCCCUAUAUAUACACGCAUGUAAGACAUAAACAUUAAUCCUGAAUGCCCCUUUCCACAAUAAUCACCAAAAAUGGACAUAGCCAAAAUGGGAUUCGACCCAAUAUUCCUGAACGCCCUCCACGACCUUCUGGACUUCACCGACGAGCCAGGGCAGUGCAGCCACCACGCGCCGUCACGCGCCUACGUGAGGGACGCAAAGGCGAUGGCGGCAACUCCGGCGGACGUGGUGGAAUAUCCAAACUCGUACCAAUUCACCAUCGACAUGCCUGGCCUGAAAUCCGACCAAAUAAAGGUCAAAAUAGAGGAUAGCCAGUUGGUUGUGAGCGGUGAGAGGAAGAGAGAAAGUGAAAAAGUUAAGGAAGGGAAACUUGUGAGAAAGGAGAGGAGGCUGGGAAAAUACUUGAAGAAAUUUGGCCUCCCGGAAGCCACCGACACCGACAAAGUGUCGGCGGCGUACCAGGAUGGAGUGUUGUCGAUCAUGGUGGAGAAGAAGCCGCCGCCGGAGCCCAAGGCGGCUAAGAAUAUUGAGGUUCAUGUGGGGUGAGGGCUUGUCUUUGUUUUGUUUUGUUUUGUAAUGUAAUAGUAAUGCGACUCUCGCAUUUUGUUUUGUUUUGAUUUUUUUUUUUUUUUUGCUUUUGGGAGGUUUGUGUGUGUGUGUGUGUGUUUGGUACUUCUUCUGGGUUCGUUGGGUUGAAUGGAUGUAAAUUUGUCGGAAAGAUGGCGAUGUGCAUAGAAUGAAUGCUAAAAUAUCGAGUGUGUUUAUCAUGUAAGAACUCCAAAAAGAAAAAAAAAAAGUGUUUUAUCAUGUGAUGUCUAUAAUAAAUUUUAUUGCCGUUGAAACCUUAAUUUUUUUAAGGUUUUUAUG